CCGGGCGGUGCGAAUUGUGUGAUUGGCGGAGGCGGCAGAGUGCGCUGAGUGCGGCUGCAGCGGAGACAAACCGGGGGCACUGGGCACGAAACAGUGGGAAUAGUGUAAAAUGGCGCUGUCUCAAGGAACAAAGAAAAAAGUUUGCUAUUACUAUGACGGUGAUGUGGGAAACUAUUAUUACGGCCAAGGCCAUCCUAUGAAGCCACACAGAAUCCGCAUGACACACAACCUUCUGCUAAACUAUGGACUGUACAGGAAAAUGGAGAUCUAUAGACCACACAAAGCCAGUGGGGAGGAGAUGACCAAAUACCACAGUGAUGACUACAUAAAGUUCCUCAGGUCCAUCCGACCGGACAACAUGUCUGAAUACAGCAAACAGAUGCAGAGAUUUAAUGUUGGAGAGGAUUGUCCAGUGUUUGAUGGACUUUUUGAGUUCUGCCAGCUCUCAACGGGUGGCUCUGUUGCUGGGGCCGUGAAAUUGAACAAGCAACAGACAGACAUUGCCAUUAACUGGGCUGGUGGACUUCAUCACGCCAAGAAAUCUGAAGCCUCUGGCUUUUGCUAUGUCAAUGAUAUCGUCCUGGCCAUUCUGGAGCUAUUAAAGUACCAUCAGAGAGUGUUGUACAUAGACAUCGAUAUUCAUCACGGUGAUGGAGUGGAGGAGGCCUUCUACACUACAGACCGGGUCAUGACUGUGUCUUUCCACAAAUACGGGGAGUACUUCCCUGGGACUGGUGACUUGAGGGAUAUUGGAGCUGGAAAAGGGAAGUAUUAUGCAGUAAAUUAUCCUCUCAGGGAUGGCAUUGAUGAUGAGUCCUAUGAAGCCAUCUUCAAACCAAUCAUGGCCAAAGUGAUGGAGAUGUACCAGCCAAGCGCUGUAGUUCUUCAGUGUGGAGCAGAUUCCCUCUCUGGAGACAGACUGGGUUGUUUCAAUUUGACUAUCAAAGGUCAUGCCAAAUGUGUGGAAUACAUCAAAAGUUUCAACCUCCCUCUGUUGAUGCUGGGUGGAGGUGGCUAUACCAUCCGUAAUGUGGCGCGCUGUUGGACUUAUGAAACGGCAGUUGCCCUGGACUCCUCCAUUCCUAAUGAGUUGCCCUACAACGACUACUUUGAAUACUUUGGGCCUGACUUCAAACUGCACAUCAGCCCGUCCAACAUGACCAACCAGAACACCAACGAAUACCUGGAGAAGAUCAAGCAGCGUCUCUUUGAAAACCUGCGCAUGCUUCCCCACGCCCCAGGUGUCCAGAUGCAAGCCAUCCCAGAGGACGCCCCGCACCCAGACAGCGGGGAUGAGGAGGAAGAUGACCCUGACAAACGGGUUUCCAUCCGUGCCCACGACAAGAGGAUAGCUUGUGAAGAGGAGUUCUCUGACUCUGAAGAUGAAGCAGAGGGACAGGGAGGUGGUCGUAGAAAUGCAGCCAACCACAAGAAGGCCAAACGGGUAAAGAAGGAGGAAGAGAAGGAAGGAGAGGAAAAGAAAGAAGUAAAAGAGGAAGAGAAGGAGGAAGAAAAGAUGGAUACAUCUGGACCAAAAGAGGAGGUGAAGACUACUUGAAGCCAGCUGCAGUGUCCUGUCCCAUUCAUUCUCUAUUGCUUUUGUUACAUCAUGUGUUCUUAAUGGUAAACUUUCACUCAGUUUUAUUUGCUUAUAUAUGGACGUGUGGGUAAAUAACCUAAAUGUUUCAAAAAUAAACCUGGAAUGCUCUUGCAGACAGUAUUGCCCAAACCAAUAUUGUUCCUGUUAUGGAUAAACCUGUAUGUACAGUCAUUCAGCCCUUCAACCUGCAGCUCUCAAGUUUUCAAAAGUGAAUGCAUGUUGAAAAUAAUGUCGCCUCUAGCAUGUACAUAUUCUAUUUGCUUUGCAGAGGCAGACCUGAGUUUCCUUUUCUUCUAACUUAUUUUAGAAUCAAAGUGUGACUAUUGAGUCUUCCUGUAUGCGGUCAGUGUUCCUCUUGUUUACUCCUGAUGUAUGGGUGAAUGAAAGCCUUCUGUUGGGCACCAGGUGAGAUAUUUUAGAUAUUUUGUACCAUUAAACCUAAUGAGAGCUGCUAAGCCUCCACGUGUUGUUCAGGGUUGUCUUUGUGAAAUGUGGAUUCUAAAUUUUUAAUAAAAAAUUAAAAUCAU